AUAUUUCCUGGGAGGCGGCGCGUGGGGCAGUAUGGCAGCUGUAGCGUUAGCGCAGUGUCGAAGGCGAGCUGUUCAGGCUCUGGGUCACGGAGCAGUCCGGCUUCUCUCACCUCAUUGUCUCCAGGGUGUCAGACAGAAGUCCAGUUCGGUACAGUAUGUUUCCCGGCCGGACCUCCCGAAGCUGGCUUACCGCAGGGUAAAAGGGAAGAGUCCCGGCGUGAUGUUCUUGCCCGGUUACGGCUCUAACAUGAACGGACCAAAAGCUGAAGCUCUAGAGGAGUUCUGCAGGUCAUUAGGUCAUUCAUAUAUCAGGUUUGAUUAUUCUGGUCACGGAGCAUCAGAAGGCGUUUUCUCAGAGGGAACGAUUGGAAGCUGGAAGAAGGACGUUCUCUUCAUGUUGGAUGAAGUUGCAGAAGGGCCUCAGAUUCUGGUGGGCUCCAGCAUGGGCGGCUGGCUGAUGCUGCUCGCCGCUAUCGCUCGCCCCGAGAAGACUAAAGCUCUCGUGGGCAUUUCGACAGCAGCCGAUCAUUUUGUCACAGCGUUUAAAUCACUUCCUCUGCAGACAAGAAAGGAGUUCGAAGACCAGGGCGUGUGGACAGUCCCGACCAAAAGCAAUGAAGAAGGAGUGUACACUGUUAGCAUGGACUUGCUGAAGGAAGCAGAGAACCACUGCUUGCUGCACAGCCCCAUACCCAUCACCUGCCCCGUGCGCCUCAUCCACGGGCUGAAGGACGAGGACGUGCCCUGGCACAUCUCCAUGCAGGUGGCAGAGCGCGUGCUGAGCAACGACGUGGACGUCAUCCUCCGGCGCCAUGGGCAGCACCGCAUGGCCGACAAAGAUGACAUAAAGCUCAUGGUGUUUACCAUCGAUGACCUCAUCGACAAGCUGACCACCCUGGCGUGACGGCCAGGACGAAAAUGGCCAGAACUUUCCAAAUGAACCUGUUUCCCUAGUGCCUUCAUUUACUGGGUUAUGGUUUUGUUUGUUUGUUUCUAUUUUAGGUUUCAGUUUACGCUUUAGUCUAAACUAUGUGACUGAAUGAAAAAGCUGCUUUUUUUGUGACAGUAUUGUUCUCUGGUUCAUUGCCACACUCUCCCGUGCCUUUUUCCCCACUUCAUAUUAACCAAAUAAAGCUUGUUAUAGCCGUCGUAA